GUCUGUGAUGUGGCUGUGAUUUCUUGAAGUAGCAUAAAAUCGAACACAAUGGGUAAAAAAGGAAAAGUAGAAGGCAACAAUUUAGGAAAGGCUUUGAUUAGGGGCCGUUUCGGUUCAUCGAGAAAUAAAAAAGAUGUUGAUUUAUCUAUGCUUCACACUGCCGAAUUAAACGAUGGCUACGACUGGGGACGUCUCAAUCUUCAAUCCGUCACGGAAGAAAAUUCUUUUCAAGAAUUUCUUUCUACUGCAGAGUUAGCAGGAACCGAAUUUUACGCAGAAAAAUUAAACAUUAAAUUCGUUAAUACAAAAACUGGAAUCGGAUUACUCUCGAAAGAUGAAAAAGCAAAGUUACUGGAGACGCAAAAAAAGAAUAAAGCCUUUCUGAAAAUACCAAGAAGGCCAAAAUGGAAUAGUUCAACUACAGCUCACGAAUUGCAAAGCAAAGAGAGAGAAGAAUUUUUAGAAUGGAGACGUUCUCUUGCUAUGUUGCAAGAAGUAGAAGAAUUGAUAUUAACUCCUUAUGAAAAGAAUUUGGAAUUUUGGAGACAAUUGUGGAGAGUAGUGGAGCGUAGUGAUGUUAUUGUACAGAUAGUUGAUGCAAGAAAUCCACUGCUCUUUCGUUGUGAGGACCUAGAGGCAUAUGUUAAAGAAGUAGAUUCUAGAAAAAUGAAUCUGAUACUAAUUAAUAAAGCAGACUUUUUAACAGAGGAACAAAGACAAGCAUGGGCGAAAUAUUUUACAGAUAUUAAUUUGAGAGUCGCAUUCUUUUCUGCAACAUUGGCAGCUGAAAAACAAAAGGUAAAAGAUAUAAUUGAGGAAGAAGGUAGUGAAGAUGAAGAAGGUAGUGAAGUGGAGGAUAAUGAUAGUGAUGAAUCUUUGUAUACUUCAGAAUUUGCUUCAGAAAGCGAAUAUGAAAGUGCAGAUGAUGGUAGUAAUAAUACCAUAACUGAAAAUGAAGAAGUAAGUUCUAAGGAAUCUAAUGAAUGUAAUUUAAAUGAAUUGAAUGAUUCAAUAGAGAAAUUAAAUGAAAAAGAUAUAGAAGACAAUACAAAGGUGGAGAAUUCAUCAGAAUUAUUAAGCAGAGAUCAAUUAGUAUCAUUUUUCAAAAUGAUUUAUAAGGGUAAGACAUAUACAAAAGGAAUCACAACGAUUGGUUUAGUAGGUUAUCCAAAUGUAGGUAAAAGUUCCACAAUAAAUGCCCUAUUAAUGGACAAAAAGGUAUCCGUAUCUGCAACACCAGGUAAAACAAAGCAUUUUCAAACACUAUUCUUGGAUAAGGAUCUACUUCUUUGUGAUUGCCCUGGAUUAGUAAUGCCUAGUUUCGUUUGUACAAAAUCAGAAAUGAUAUUAAAUGGUAUAUUGCCAAUUGAUCAAAUGAGGGAUCAUGUACCUCCAAUUACAUUAUUAGGUACUUUAAUACCAAGGCACAUUAUAGAAGAUCUUUAUGGAAUUAUGAUACCUCCACCGCUAGAAGGAGAAGAUCCUGAUCGUCCUCCAACUGCAGAAGAAAUUUUAAAUGCUUAUGGCUAUAAUAGAGGUUUUAUGACACAGAAUGGACAACCAGAUAAUCCACGCGCGGCGCGAUAUCUUCUGAAAGAUUUUGUAAACGGUAAAUUGUUGUAUUGCGUUGCACCCACUACAGCAGAACAAGAAAAGUUUCAUACAUUUCCUCCGCGAAGAAGAAUAAUUUCGAAAAAUAAGCAUUUCCCACCUAGAACAGUACGUGUAAAUAAAGGAAGUAAAACUACGUCUGAAGAUUUAGAUAAAGUAUUUUUUCAAAAUAAUACUUCGAAUGUACAUGUAAAAGGAGUAAUUGGAAAAAUGCACGGUUUACAUAGAAUUAAUUCAAAGGAUGCAGGAUCGGUGACAGGUUCUACACAGAGUUUGUUGCUUCAAGAGAAACCGUGGAAAAAGAUUAAUAAACAUUCAAAUAAAAAGAAACGCGAAAAAACAAGAAGAUUGUACGCUCAUCUUGAUCAACAUUGAUUUUACGAAUAUUUAUAUUGUAUUAUGAGAAUUGAAGGCCUUUUCGCUAUAUAACAGCGGAUCAUAUUUUGUAAUAUACAAAUCUCUGAAUUUAUAAAAGCGUAUCAGAGACUCAUAUUGAUUCUAUGUACUACAAAUACAUUCUAAUAACGACAUACAUACACAUAUAAGAAUAGGUUGCUGUUGUACUUAUAUGCGUAUAUAUUAUAAAAUUAAAAUAUUUUAUAAUUUA